GAAUCUCGGCCUUCCAGUUAUAUCUCCUGUAUUUUUUCUCCCUGUUUAGCGGAACUUCUCUCUCCCCACCACUCUCUCUCUUUCUUUCGAUUGCAAUGGCGAGUAUCGAUCCCGAGCACAGAGAAGACGACGAGGCCGCUGCAGGAGGCGAAGAUGAAGAUACCGGGGCACAGGUUGCUCCAAUUGUCAAGCUCGAAGAAGUCGCCGUCACCACUGGUGAAGAAGAAGAGGAUGCCAUUCUUGAUCUGAAAGCGAAGCUUUACCGGUUCGACAAAGAUGGAAGUCAAUGGAAAGAAAGAGGCACUGGAACUGUAAAGCUUUUGAAGCACAAAGAAACGGGGAAGGUAAGGUUGGUCAUGCGGCAAUCGAAGACUCUCAAGAUCUGCGCUAAUCAUCUAGUUUCGCCCACGAUGUCGGUGCAAGAGCAUGCUGGGAACGAAAAGUCGUGCGUCUGGCACGCCACUGAUUUUUCCGAUGGUGAAUUGAAGGAUGAACUUUUUUGCAUCCGAUUUGCAUCCGUUGAAAACUGUAAGACCUUCAUGGAAAUGGUUCAAGAGGUUGCUGAAUCCCAAGGGAAGAAAGAGGAGAACGAAGAAGCAACUGCAACUGCUGGACUUAUUGAGAAGUUAAGUGUUGCAGAGGAAAAAACUGAGGAUAAAGCUGGAGAAAAAACUGGUGCAUCGAAGGAGAAGGAAGAUGAUAGUGGGCAUGCGAAACCAGACGAGAAGAAGAAAGAAGAGCCGAUUUCUUCGGCUUAGAUCUGCUGGAAGGGAGUUUGCAUAUUUUGGGUUGUCCUCUGAGGUGGUGAUUUUGUCCACUUUUCCAUACAAAUUGUCCGAUUUAAAGAAGAGCUAGCUUUGAGUGGACAUGGAUCUGUAGGUGGAAGUGGAACUGGUGUCAGUCGGUCAGUAAGUUUUGUCAAGUUCAUCGGACUGGGGUCCAGUAUGCAUGUCAAGUCAAGGGAUCUGGUUCUGAACUGGUGUCAGUCGGUCAUAAGUUUUAUCAAGGUCAUUGGACUGGGGUCUAGUAUGCAUGUCAGGGUCGGGGGUCUGGGUUACGCUGUUCCUGUGAGAGUUUCAUGAGAGAUUGAGAGGUUUCGGUAAUUGGGUUAGGGUUUUUGAUAGUUCCCUCCCAAAGGGCUUGGCCGCGUAGGAGUUAGGUCUGCAAUUUGUCUGCGCUAAAAUUAUAUUUCUAAAUGGUAAACAUUACUAAGAUUAUUCUCUAGCUAUUGCCAUAGCCGAUGAAAAUGCUAAUCUCAGCAUGCCAUGCCGUUUCCGAUGCCU